AUGCCGGCUGGGCAGCAGCAUGGCAACCAUCAGUACAUGGGAAGCUCUUCACAGGCGCCGAGAUCUGCCUACCAAGGAUCCGCCGCUGCGGCAUAUCGAGGGAACACCGCCCCGGUUCAACCAUAUGCUUUCACCAGCACCCCGAACCUCAACCAAAACAUGCAGAACAUGCAAUGGCAGCAGUACGGUGCUUAUCGGACACAUUCGUCACCGGCCGUUCCGGGUAUUCAGACGCCAGACAUGAACGCGAGUUAUCGACCGCCCCUUCUGAGCAGCCCCAUGGCAGUGAACAUGGGUGGCCAACCUCACUCGUUUGGCAUCGGCCAGAGCGGCUCGCGCGAUGACUCGGCCCUGCGAAGCAGCUCUACGUUAGCCAGGCCGCAAUCUUUUCUCUCCGUCAAUACUCAGCCCUCGUUCGGCUCCGGAACAUCGAACCGGAGCACGUCUGAUCGAUACAGACGUCCUAGCGGCGGUGCGACGCAUCACGCACGCUCCCAGAGCUCUACCCUGCCCGGCACCAUCACAAUGGUCAACAACGCCACUCCGUUGUAUAGCGCUCAGAGGAGCCCAAAUCAUGCCCAGUCCAUGAGCCUUCCCAGCGGCAAAGGGUUGGUCUCGGUCUCGUCCAUGGAUGAUAUGCACCACUACAGCCGCCAGGCUCAAGAGGAGGCGAAGAGGGUUCGACGGCGGAGCAUGCAUGCGAUGGAAAGCCCAGAGUAUCACAAGCCUGGGCCGAACCCAACACCUGCUCGUCCCUCGGAACGGGGUCUGAGGCCUCAGCGACCUGGCUCAAGCACGGCCCACUCCCGCAAGGCCAGCUCCGAGAGCACUUCUUCAAGCCGAAGCAAUCAUUCUAGGACAUCCUCGGUUACCAACCGCAAUGUGUCAGCCCCCGCUGGCAACCCCUCUUUGCUCGCAUCCGACGAGACAUCUACCAAAGUUGACCAACCAAAGAUGGUGGCUCCUCCCCAGCGAGGCUCGUCCUCCGAUGCAGCGAAGCGCACAAUCAACCCUUCUCCCCUCUCCAAGCCGGCGACCAUGGCGACGGAGUCGGCCGAGGAGCCAUCGCAUGCGGUGGCUCCAGGCUCUGCUGGGAGCAAAACCGACUCCCCGGCGGCGAAGCAGCUGGCUGCCAUCAACCAGAAAGGGGUGAAGGCAAAGAGCAAGACGUCGCGCUUGCGACGAGCGUUUUCUUUCGGGAGCGCAGCGGACUUUCGCAAGGCCGCCGCAGGUGACGAGGGAGAGGGCACGGACAAGAAUGAGCAGGCCAAACUUGGCAAGGAAUCUCCGUCCGAUGAAACCUACGAUGCGGAACAGGCUCGCAUUGCCGAAGCGCAAGAGGCCGGUGGUAUCGGCAACAGCAUCUACGGAAGUAGGUUCUUUGGCUCGACGGACAACCUCUCCAUCUCUUCCACGGCGUCAUCGGCGUCCAUUAUGAUUCGAAAGAUGGGGCGCGGCAUGAAGAAGAGCACUCGGUCGCUGGUCGGCCUCUUCCGCCCCAAGUCUGUGAUUGGCGUCCCUGCCGCGGAGGCGGUGCCGCCUGAGGCCAGCCAAGCCGCAGUCUCCAUGAUCACCGUCGAAGCCGAGACGCAGCGUGUCAAUGUCACUGCCGAUCCUGCGGCCGGAAACGGCGGCACUGGGUUCCCUCAUCUCGAGCGCAACUCUCUGGAUGCUGCUCAGGUACCGGAGAUGUCAGAGCGUUCAGGCAGCUCCGGGACGGACAGGAGUGGGCCCCGAAAGAGCAUCGUCGGCGGCGACAGGGAGCGUGCCGAGGUGCUUGCUGCUGUGCGCAAGGGCAUCCUGAAGCGUUCUGGGAGUCCAUCGGUUCGACAAGCUGAUGCGUCGCCUGAUCUCGUGCUGCCCAACAUUCCCAAUGUAGCGGAUUCUCCCAUUUCAAGCGCCCCCAGCACGCCAAAUGACGAGACGCAAGGCCAUCGGAGGACCGGCUCCAUCGCCAUCGGCAACGAAGACUACUUCAUGUCGGCCCUUCGUCUCCGACAAGACGCAAAGAGCCCCCCUGGAACGCCACAGGGCGGGAAGAGAAACGCGACGUUCUCUCCUCGCAUCGUCUUCUACGACACAUGGCCAAGCCAGGAGUACGACCGACGGGGCGAGAUUGCGACCUGCAACCGUCUCACGCCGAUGCUUGCGCAGCAGAUCAAGGAAGAGCUCAACACGUUCAAGAUGGAGAUGGAAGUCCACGAGAACUCCAAGAUCUACACUCACUUCUUCUGA